ACACGACCGCACAAUGAACCAUUCGCCUGCGUUUCUUACCUGCAAUGUGUCGAACGGGCGGCGACGACAUUGCGAAGAAGCGUUACGAUGCCAGCUAUUGCCAUCACGGCGAAUGUUAAGUGGACUCGUUUAUAACAAGGCGGUGGAACUCUCGCCCAGUAAGUCACUCUACACGCCACCGCAUACGGAGAGUUAGCAGGCUGCGGGAUAUCGCGUGAAUGUCGGUGCUAAUAACGUUGUUCGAAAGCGUGGCAUAUUGUCCGACUCCCCUUCUAAAUCCGUAUUCCGGUGCUGUCGGCUUGGGGAGGCCUUCACCCGGCAGUGGAUCGACCCUGGGCCGAGAGAUCGUGAUGAUGAAAACGAUUGACGCUUGGAGAUGAUUGACGCCAAAGCGUCAUCGCGAUACGGGGCUCGGGUGGUGGGUGACGACUGCGGUCACCACCUGUGUGCCGCCUCGAACUUCCACCGCGGAGAUGGGAAGAGAGGUCCGGUGCGCGGGCGGGGGCGAGCGAUGCAGGUGGCAACACAAACAUCUCUGCCAACGGAUUCUUGUGGGCAGAGGCGACAAUUCCACCGCGCACCAUUGCGACCUCACGGCGUGCGAGCGCGCGCGCGCGCGCGCGCAAAGCCUGGCGGGUCACGCUUUGCGCUGACAAGAGCCGUCGACUUUCUCAGAGCGCCGGCGCACGUGGUUCAGUUCAGUUCAUCUGUUAGGUAUAGCCCUGUGCGCCAUUCGGCUCUCGACUCGGGUGCAACAGCAACAAACAAAAAACAUGAACAAGGAACAUCUUAAAGUGACUACGGACAAAAGCAUGUUGAGCUGUAAGGUCACAGCGACUGCUGCCGCGAGCGCGCAAGUGGAGGCCGCCUGCACGUCCGUCGCGACUCCCGUCGCCUCUUCACCCUAAGACGGGGAGAGCGGGAGGCAGGGAGUGCUGCUCCUCGUUCGGCCUCCGUGGCUGCUCUUCUUCUUCCUCCGACACUUUCGCCCACGAUGCCGCGCCGCAAGCAGCAAGCGCCCCGCCGUGUAGCAGCGUACCUUUCUGAAGAGGACCUCAAGUCCGGGGAGUUCGAGAGGGAGGAGGGCGAUGGGGCCGACACGGAAGACGGAUCGGCCAGCGACUACCAGUGCACGGACGAGGAGAUGAAGGAGGAGCUCGGCGAGGAAGACGCCGGCGAGGAACUCAAGGAGCAGCGGCGCGACAAGGAGCGCGACGAUCCGCAGCUCCGCGAGGAGUCUGGCGAGCGGGCGGACGACUCGCGCAAAGAGGAGCUCCGGGAGGACCGCAAGGAGGAGGCCAAGGACCACCCGCAGCCGCCCCCCUGCCAGGACCCGAGCAGAGCGGAGACGUCCAGCCGCGAUGCCGACAGCGAGUCGCAGUUCAGCGAGUCCAGCGACAGGUUGGCCGACUUCGAGAGCGGCGCCGCCAAGGAGGAGCCGAAGAAGAAGGAGAACGGGGUGCCCGUCGGCCACGCCACCGACAGCCUCGCGCAGAUGAAGGCGGCGUACGCCAGCCUCCUCGCCAACCCCUACUGGUCGGCGCUGAGCUACAGCUUGAACCAGCCCAUCGCCGCCACCGUCGCCUCCACCGCGACGGCGGCGGCGGCGGCGGCGGCGGCGCCGACGACCGUGAACACGGACAGCAGCACGACGAGCAGCACGACGAGCAGCACGACGAGCGCCAGCAACGCCGCGAACCACCGGUUCGACUGGCACCAGGCGGCGCUGGCGAAGUCCCUGCAGCAGACGAUGCCCGUCGCCAUGUCGCACCAGCACAACGAGCCGAGCCUCUUCAGCACCGUGCAGCUGUACCGGCAGAGCGGCAAGAUCUACGGCUCCAUCUUCACGGGCGCCAGCAAGUUCCGCUGCAAGGACUGCAGCGCGGCGUACGACACGCUCGUCGAGCUGACAGUGCACAUGAACGAGACGGGGCACUACAGGGACGACAACCACGACAAGGACAGCAGCAGCACCCGGCGCUGGUCCAAGCCACGCAAGCGCUCCCUCAUGGAGAUGGAGGGCAAGGAGGAGGCGCAGAAGGUGCUCAAGUGCAUGUACUGCGGCCACUCCUUCGAGUCGCUGCAGGACCUCAGCGUGCACAUGAUUAAGACCAAGCACUACCAGAAGGUUCCGCUCAAGGAGCCCGUGUCGGCCGUGACGUCGUCCAAGCUGACGCCGGCCAUGAAGAAGAGGCCUUACAUGGACCCGCUCCUCGCGAGCACGCCCGACACGCGGGGUGGCCACGCCAACAUGGUCACCGGCUCGUCCGACUCGGCCGCGGGGAUGUCUCAGAAGUCCUCCAACCCUUACGUGACGCCCAACAAUCGGUACGGCUACCAAAACGGCGCCAGCUACGCUUGGCAGUUCGAGGCGAAAAAGUCACAGAUUCUGAAGUGCAUGGAGUGCGGCAGCUCCCACGACACGCUGCAGCAGCUCACCGCCCACAUGAUGGUGACGGGACACUUCAUGAAAGUCACCAACUCCAACAUUAAGAAGGGAAAGCACGUGAUCUUUGACCCGCUGGCGGAGGUGAAGAUCCAGUCUGUCCCGUUGCCCCCGACCAACAUCUCGCACGCUCACAUAACCCCGGCGAAUUCCCCGGCCAAGCCGCUCUCCUCCCCGUCCAGCACUUCGUCCAAACCGCUUCUCUCCCCGUCCAGGACGAGCGCGCAGCCCGUGAUGUCGCCUCCCGGCGCGAGCGGCCGGCACGCGCCGUGCCCCGCUGACUCUCCACCGAAGCUGGCGCUGUCCCCGCCGAGCUCGCCCGUCAAGCCGUUGGCAUCUCCGGCGAGGUCACCCCCGCCCUCCGCCGUGUCGCCGGUGAACUCGUCGGAGAAGCUCUCCAUGGAGGAGCUGAAGAUCGAGGACAAGGAGCUCAAAAUGGAGGUGGAGCAGCAGCAGCAGCAGCAGCAGCAGGAGGAGGAGGAGAAGAAGGAAGAGAAGGAGAAAAGCGACAAGGAGAAAAAGGAGAAAAGGGAGAGGAAGGACUACGACCUCUCGUCUCAGUAUCUCCGGGAGGAGGAUCUCGAGGACACAUCCGCGACGGGCUUGGACAUCCUGAAGUCGCUGGAGAACACCGUGGCUUCGGCCAUCAACAAGGCGCAGAAUGGCACGCCGACCUGGGGCGGCUACCCCAGCAUCCACGCCGCGUACCAGCUGCCGGGGGCCGUGAAGUCCGUCAUUCAAAACCCGGCGCAGGAAACUCCGCUGAAGCCGGCGUACGGGGCCAACGUGAAGCCGCUCGCGCCCAAGGCCGGCUCGGCGGCGCCCGUCUCGUGCAGCCGGACGCCGCCCGCCGGCUCGCCGCCACCGCUCAAGAACAACGUCCACGCGAUGGAGGAGCUCGUCAAGAAGGUUUCCGAGAACCUCAAGAAGGUGGAGGGCAAGAAAAUCAAGACGGAGGUGAAGUCUCCGUCCUCGGUUUCGGAAGCCUCCUCGCCGUGCAGGAGCGACGACAGCCACGACUCGAAGAGGGAGCUCCGGCAGCAGAUCGCGAGCAAAAAACCCGCGGAGAAGGUUUCGGCGAACGGCAGCGCCAGAAACGAACUCUUUAAAAACGGGACGAAUGUGAAGAAGGAGAUCGCGGUGGAGAAGAGCAGCAGCUUGAACAUCAUCACUGACCACCCUUCGGAGGAGUCUCUCGUCAACCCGCUGAGCGCGCUGCAGUCGAUAAUGAACCUCCACUUGGGGAAGAUAUCGAAGCCGCCGCUGCCCGUCCCGGACCCGAUGGCGAUGCUGUACAAGAUGAGCAGCGGCAUGCUGGACAAGCUGGUGUCGGCGCCCGCCUUGCAGAGCAGAAACUCGGACCAGGUCGAGAGGUGCUACUACCAGACGAACCUCGAUCAGCCCAUCGACCUGACCAAGUCCAAGAAGGUGCCAAAGAGCCCGAAGCCGGCACCGGGGGUGCUGAUGUCGCCGUCCGCGUCGGGGGAGAACGCGCUCUCGGACAUGUCGGACAUGGUGAAGAACCUGACCGGGCGGCUGACUCCCAAGCCGCCCACCCCGGCGAGCACCACCUCGGAGCGCUCGGAGACGGACGCUAGCAGCAGCACGCUGGAGGAGGUGGAGGAGGUGUCCUCCACGCACAAACGCAAGGGCCGCCAGUCCAACUGGAACCCGCAGCACCUGCUCAUCCUGCAGGCGCAGUUCGUCGCCUGCCUCCACCAGACGCCUGAGGGCAAGUACGUCAUCUCGGACCUCAGCCCGCAGGACCGGGCGCACAUCAGCAAGUUCACGGGGCUCGGCAUGACCACCAUCAGCCACUGGUUGGCCAACGUCAAGUACCAGCUGCGGAGGACCGGCGGCACCAAGUUCCUGAAGCACAUGGACACUGGCCACCCGGUGUUCUACUGCAACGACUGUGCUUCUCAGUUCAGGACUCCUUCGACGUACGUCAGCCACCUGGAGACCCACCUGGGCUUUCACCUGAGGGACCUGUCGAGGAUCUCGGCGGACCAGAUCUGCGAGCAGAUGAUGCUUCCGAAGCUGCCGCUGGCGCGGUCCCCGUCGCUGCUGGCGGGCGGCUCGGAGGAGGACGUGACGGGGGUGACGCUGCAGUGCAAGCUGUGCAGUCGCAGCUUUGCGAGCCGCCACGCCGUCAAGCUUCACCUGAGCAAGGCUCACGGCAAGUCCCCCGAGGAUCACCUGCUGUACGUGACCGAGCUCGAGAAACCGUAGCACAGGUCAGAGCGUAAGGGUGCGAGAGUCGCAGCCGUCUGGCCCUUCCCGCCCUUCCGCGGCCUCACGGCCAUGAAUCACUUCGUCUCCAGAUUGAACCGCCCGACGCUUCGGCCUCCCAGAUCAGCCAGACUUUGGCAAUUUUUCUUCAUUCCCGCUAACAAUUUGGUAAUGAAAUAUUGAUUUUUAGUUAGAUGGAAAUAGCAGUUAUUAAGUUUGCAUUGAUAAAUCGUUCCUUUCCGCGGGCUGGAAGUGCUUCAGUCAAACGCCUAACUGCGCCUUCAUGGCCUCUGAUGUAUUAAUUUGACAAAUUUGCAGUGCUGCUGCAGGAUAGGGAGAGAGCGCGCAAUAUCCAGCUCCAUAUAUCAGUAAUACUGUCCAGACUGAAGUGUAAUUUUUUACCGGCCUUAUGAAGCUUUCUUUUCCCGAGGAAAUUUAUUUGUGUUAUAUGACCACUUGUUCCGGGACACAAUCAACCUUACAUUGCAACAUGUCGGAGAGGGAGUGGACCCGCAUCAAAAAGGGCUCAAUCAUUCGCAUGCAGCAGCCGCCGCCGUGAUUGAUCAUCGCAAGGUGUUUAAAAUGCUUAUUUGAACAGAAUCAAUCGAUGUAUAAGUGGAAACAGAGAAUAUAUCGCAGCUUAAAACGUUCCACACCGAGGUACAAGUGACCUCUUUUAGCAGAUCUCUGUCUGAAUGAAGAAUAGAACAAAGGCUGCAAGUUCGAGGCGCAUCCACGGCGCUGAUUUCAAGGACAUUCAAGCCGGCGGGAGGUCAGUAACGCGCUGAUUGUGGGGACGGCAAAAACCACUGGCGGUUCUGCCUCACACUUAGCGGAGGCCUAUGAACCUUUCAGAUGUACGGGACAAGCAGGUGACACCCACAUGAAGAAGAAAAAAAAUAACUGUCAGCUGCCUCUGUGUAUUUAUUUAUUUUUUUCCACAUCCACCCGCCCGCUCCCCACCGCCAGCUUCUGCAAGCUUGGACGUGCAGGUGUUUCAGGUGGCAUAAAACAGAUUUGUGGCUUGUUUUUUUUAGCCUUACAGGUGUCCUUCACCUUGCCCAUCAGUCUUCGCAUCUCGUGUGGCGGAUUUAGUGGAGAUGGAACGGGGCGGCCCAGACUGAAAGGCUUGAGCUCUUUGUCACUCCGCGGAAACGCGACAAGAUGGUGCAGAUUGCAGACACCCUUUUGCUGUUUGUUGCCAAGAAGCCGAGCACAAAUUCCUGUGUUUCUUUACAUCGCUGCAUCCCGGAGAAAUGUUUCAUCCUUUCAGCGCAGACACACAUACAAAGAGAGAGAGGGCAAAUAAAUAAAUAAAUGGGGGGGGGGGGGGGGAGAAGAAUUGAUGCUUUGCCAUUAGUGUGUAAUGAGGCAUGUGAAAAUAUAUACCUUUUGUGCCACCUGAUACGGAUUCUCCAAGGUAGCACGCCAGCAGCCUUUGUGUUUGUCACCGUCCAUCAAUCACCCCUCUGAAUGCAGACGGUGCAGACGUGAGCUCUGCCUGCAAGGAUCGAGGAUGGGCUUUGACGUACAGGUGUUGUGCAAUCCUUACAAGAGCGCGACAACGGUGGCGUGAGGGGUGGUGGUGGUGGUGGGGAGGGCACCCCAACAAGAGAUAUGAUGCUGUUCCUUCGAAGUCAAAUCAGCAGCAGAUGAGGGCGAAUGUCAUUUAGAUUAUUUUGUGAAAUGAUGGUUAUCAGAGGACACGGCGGCAGCUGUGUCCCUCGCAGCCACGUUAGUGAUGAAUGCAUAAACACCCGUGACAGCAUUUACUGUGAACAAUGAAGGCUACACCAAUUUGUCAUUUUGUUUAACAUCAAAAAAAGGCCAUUAUAUAUACUAAAACAAACAAGGAGGAAAAAAAAAGACUCUCUUAAGAGCAGUUUAGUGUACAGAUCUGUUCAUUUGUAAAAAAAUAAAAUACUUUCAAUGUAUGUACCUUACUGUACUGUAUGUGUGCACUUCAAAACUGAGCCUUGCUGAUCUCCAUUUGUGGCCAAAUUAAAAGGGAAGGGAAGUUAAUGAAAGCCACUGGCGUGGGGCAUGAACCAUGUUUCAACAUGUUCCAAAAAAUGCACUGCCACAAAUGAUGGUGGACAAUUUUCAUAAGGCCUUGUAACUUCUUUUGUAGAUAGAAUUAAGCUGUUAAUUAAAAGGCAUGUUUUCAUACCGGUACAAAAAAAAAAUCUCUCUGCAUUUGCCGAUAUUUUAUAAUUCUAUUCGAUUUUUGCACAAAUGGAUGCCUGCUUCGUGUAGCGUACUUUUAUCCAAUAGAUGUACCAUGCUGUCAGUCAUCUGCAGUAAAUUGAGACUUUGCUAAUGUGAUCGAGUUAAGCCCUGGUAUGCAGUAGGCUUGAUUGUAUGAAGUGUAUGGCUAGAGAUGUAGUCAGGCUGUGUGAUACGUACGGUAGUUAACUGAUGUCACAAAAUGCUGUACUCCUGUGGUUAUCAGUUCAAACUUGCAUGGUAAAAUGUUCAGCUUUUAUGUUCAAGAGAUCUACUGUAAUAUUACUGGUUAACAAUGUACGCCCUCGUUUGGGCUUUUUAAUGAAGGGAAAUUAAAAUAUAUAUAUUAAAAAAACGAAAAAAAUAAAAGCAAAAAAAAUGCCACAUAUUGCUUUUGACAUAAAAAAUAGGCCACAUUUUGCAGGUUUGGGAUUUCAGAACAUUCCAUGUAACUGUAAGUAAGGAUGUUUAUUGCCCCAACUUAUUUUCAUGCAGUUACUGUAUAUUUGCCGCCAUUGUUUUAAAAAAACUGCAGUUACUGAUGUUGAAUGAGUAAAAUGGCUUCCAAUGAUUGAUUAGGCCAGAACAUGUACACAGUCUUAAUCUGCACUUAUUUAAAAAAAACACAAAAUGAAUGGAUCAUUUAUAUGAAUAUAUUAUAUUUAGACUUUUUUCAAGCACAACUCUAAAAAAAAUGUUCUUUUUAUGUUAUGUAAAGACUGUAUUGUUAUCAACCCUUUUUUGCUACAUCGGCUAAUAAACUGAGAAUGUUUACUGGCA